UACAUUAUUAUGACCAUUAUUUUUAAUGGAAGAUGAUUGAAAGUGAAAAUCUACAUCAAGAAGAAAUAAUUAAAGAACUGUGUUUGUGCAAUGGUUUAUCUUAUGAGAUAGUUGGAAAAGAAGGAUCAAAUGCUUCAAAACUGGAGAUGUUUUUCUCAGGGUAUCCCCGUAUAGUUGGAUUAUCAUUAUUUCCUAAUUUAACAAGUCUUACAAUUGUUGCUCAAGAUAUAAAAGAAAUUUCAGGGUUAGGGACUUGUGUCCUGCUUAAAGAACUUUGGAUUGCUGAAUGUUGUAUCGAGAAAAUUGGAGGUCUUCAAGAAUGUAGAAAUUUGGAAAAAUUAUAUUUAUAUUAUAAUAAAAUUUCUAAAAUAGAAAAUUUAGACAAAUUAAUUAAAUUGCAAGUCCUCUGGCUGAACCACAACAUGAUUAAAAAUAUUGAGGGCUUACAGACUUUGAAGAAUUUAAAUGACCUCAACCUUGCAGGAAAUCUAAUAAGCAUCAUUGGUCGGUGUCUUGACAUCAAUGAACAACUGGAGAAGCUUAACCUUUCUGGUAACCAAAUAUGUUCUUUCAAGGACCUCACUAACUUAACCAGGCUGCCUCACUUAAGGGAUUUGUGUCUGAAUGAUCCUCAAUAUAAAACCAAUCCAGUUUGUCUGCUGUGUAAUUAUUCCACACAUGUAUUGUAUCACUUGCCUUGCCUUCAAAGACUUGACACAUUUGAUGUGUCAGCCAAACAGAUCAAGGAACUGGCAGAUACCACAGCAAUGAAAAAAAUAAUGUAUUACAAUAUGCGUAUAAAAACUGUUCAGAGGCAUCUUAAUGAAGACCUUGAAAAACUGAAUGAUAGAAAAUGCAAAUUGCAGAAAUUGCCAGAAGAAAGAAUAAAAUUAUUCAGCUUUGUGAAAAAAAAUUUGGAACAGGAACUGGCUGAACUCAAAGGAUCUGGCAAAGGGCACAGUGAUAGAUUCAAUAACAAUAAAUUAACUGAGGUUGAAAAGCCAAAAAAUCAUGAAACUGUCACAGAAGACCCAACUCUUCAUCAGAAGAUACUGACCAAACUAAAUGCCUUGACUGAAAGGGUAACAUUCUGGAACAAAAAACUAGAUGAAAUUGAGGCAAUUUAUCGCAUUGAAGUAAAACAAAAAAAGAAAAGUCAUGGCUUAUUGAUCCCAUUUUUGCUAAUUGAGUUGGAGACUGUGGGAAACAUCCAUUUUGAAGAAGGCACUCGAUCUGAUGACUGGUUUAAUUCCUGCUAUGAAUUAAUUCUAUCACGCUUCUGUACAUGGGACUUCAGAACUUAUGGUGUUACAGGAGUAAAAGUAAAACGUGUUAUUAAAGUUAACAACCGUAUUCUGAGACUAAGAUUUGAAGAGAAAUUUCAAAAGUUUUUGGAUCACGAAAGCAUGCAUGAUUCAGAGACUUAUCGCAAGAUGCUGGAGUGCCUUUUUUAUGUUUUUGAUCCUGAAGUUAUGGUGAAGAAAAAGCAUCUGCUACAAAUUCUUGAAAAAGGAUUCAAAGAGAGUGAGACAAGCAAGCUGCCUCUCAGAAAAGAAGCUGUUAUUCUUGCUAAUAGCCUAAGUUUGUGUGAGUGUCCUCGAAUUGAGUUUCUACAGCAAAAGUACAAAGAUGAGAAGAAAAACUCUCUUGAGCAUGAGCUCUUCAGACACGGCAUCCUUCUCAUUACGAAAGUUUUUCUUGGCCAGAGUGUUCAGGCUCGGGAACAAGAAGCUAUCAAUCAAGCCAACUAUCCAAUGGUUAACUCAGUGUUCAUUCCUCGGAAAUAUUUACUAAAUUCUAUUGUGGGACAAAGAAAUUGUGAUUGUGGCUUUAGGCAGUGCAAGUGGUUUGUCUUUGAUCAUGACCUUGUCUUGCCAGAAUACAUCGUUGAAUUUGAGUACAUUACAGUGGUCAAGGCUCACUCUUUAUUUUCUUCAUUCAACAAUGUUAUUCCAGAAGAAAGCAAAAAAAUUUCAGAAGGAUCAAUAUUGUCCCAAGAUUUGAAAGUUGAUGAUGAUGUUAUGAAAAUGGAACCCAAGAUUAAGCCCCAAGCAAAACUUAUUAGUUUGGAUGAUAAAACAAUACUUUCCCUUGCCAAGACUAACAUUUACAGUCAUAUUGUGAGUCUGAAUCUACAUGGAAACAGCUUGAGUAAAUUGAGAGAUCUCUCCAAAUUAACAGGACUUCGAAAACUGAAUAUUAGUUUUAAUGAAUUUACUUGUUUAGAUGAUGUAUACCACUUGUAUAACCUUGAAUAUUUGGAUGCAAGCCACAACCAUGUGAUAACUCUUGAGGGAUUUAGAGGUCUGAUGAAACUAAAGCACUUGGACUUGAGCUGGAAUCAACUAAAGAAAUCUGGGGAUGAAAUAAAUGUGUUAUGUAAACACACCACAAGCCUUCUCACUCUUAAUAUUCAACAUAAUCCAUGGCAAAAGCCAGCCACAUUGAGGCUGAGUGUCAUUGGCAGAUUAAAGACUCUUACACAUUUAGAUGGACAACUAAUUUCUGAAGAAGAAACAACAGCAGCUAUGAAAUUUAUUACUGGAACAAAGAUUACUCAGCUAUCUAUCUUACGGCAUUCUAGUACCAAAGAGGAGAGACCACGGAUACUUAGUAUCUGGCCUUCUGCCAAAAUUCUGACACAGAUUUCAAAAUUUGGACCACACUUACAUCUGAAUGGAAACUGGCACUUGAAGAUAACUGCCUUAAAUUUAGAUGGACAACAUCUCUUUGAAAUCACAAAUUUAGAAAAAUUGGAAAAUUUGAAAUGGGCAUCAUUCAGCAAUAAUAAUCUCACUAAAAUGGAAGGCUUGGAAUCCUGUAUCAACUUGGAAGAGCUCACAUUAGAUGGAAACUGCAUCUCAAAGAUAGAAGGCAUUUCCAAGCUAACUAAAUUAACUCGCCUCAGCAUAAAUAAUAAUCUUCUAACUGGUUUGGAAAAACAUGUUUUUGAUAACUUGCUUCAUCUUCACUCUCUUUCUCUUGAGAACAACAGAAUCACUUCAUUGAGUGGUUUACAAAAAACUGUUAGUCUAAUUGAAUUGUACAUAAGCAAUAACUAUAUUGCUCUCAAUCAGGAGAUCUACAAUUUAAAGGGUUUAUGCAACUUGGUCAUUCUAGACGUGUACGGAAACAUUAUUACAUGGAAUCAAGAAAACUACCGAUUAUUUGUAAUAUUUCAUCUUCCAGAAUUAAAAGCUUUGGAUGGAAUCUCAAUUGAACCACCAGAGACUGAGAGUGCAAAAGAUUUGUUUGGUGGAAGACUUACCUCUGAUAUGAUUAUAGAACGACAAGGACAUUCAAACUUUUCCCAAAUGCAGGAAUUAAAUUGGACUUCAUCAUCCAUAAGAACUGUAGAUUUGAUUCCAGUUGACCAAUUUAGAAAUGUGAGUAAUGUGAACCUACAGAACAAUAAUCUUACCUCUUUCAGUGGACUAAUCUAUCUGCCGAAUGUGAAGGUCUUAUGCCUCAACUAUAAUCAUAUUGAUUCAAUCAUGCCUAGACUAAAGCCUCAGACUCACUUAACUAAUAGACAACUACUUUACCAGAAAGUACCUUCAAGUGGUUAUGGACAACAAGGAACUUCAAAAAUAAAUAGAGAUACAAUGAGCAGUGAAAAUUUACCUCCAAUAAUGCACAGUUUAGAGGUUCUUCAUUUGGGCUACAAUGGAAUUUGUAACUUAAUCCAGCUACAACUUAACAGACUAAGAAAUUUAAAAUUCCUCUUUCUACAGGGGAAUGAAAUCAGUCAAGUUGAAGGGCUAGACAACUUAGCAGUCCUUCAGGAAUUGGUGGUAGACCAUAACCGCAUCAGAGCAUUUAAUGACAGUGCUUUUGCCAAACCAAGUUCUCUCUUGGCACUUCAUCUGGAGGAAAAUAGACUACGAGAGCUGAGCAAAUUGCAACCUUUGGUAAAACUAGAGAAACUCUUCCUAGGAUAUAAUAAAAUCCAGGAUAUCACAGAACUAGAAAAACUUGAUGUCAUCUCUACUCUCAGGGAGCUUACAGUUUAUGGCAAUCCAAUUUGUAGAAAAAUGCUACAUCGUCAUGUGCUCAUAUUUCGACUGCCUAACUUACAGAUGUUAGAUGGAAUUCCUGUAAAUUCAGAAGAUAGAGUAAAAGCUGAAUUUCACUUCUCUGAACUACAAGCAAAGAAAAAUAUGUUUACUCCUGUUACCAACUCUCCUAUGGAUGGUGGAUCAUUCUGCCCAAUGAAAGCAUCUCCCAUUAAAAUAACAAAUGUAAUUCUGCCUGGUGGAUUUAGCCAUUACUUGGGACCCGACUUCACUUUAACUCCUGAAGUUGAAGACAAAAAAGACAAGAAUACAGGGAUCCUGACAAGUAAUCCUCGGAGCAUCCAUGCAGAAAUAGCUUUUCGGCAACUUAGAGGGAUAAAUCUCUCUCCUAAUCUUCUGUCACAUCCUAAUAUUGCAUCUCCAACUGCACAAAUGUACCAGAGCAACCAAAAUGAGGGAAGAAUUCCUGGGAGCACCUUUUCAAGAUCAAAUCGAAUGUAA